AGAUUUGGUUUGAAGUUGACCAGGAUUAUUUGUCAAUGGGCGAGCACUCGCAUUGUUAUUGUUGUUUAUAUUUCUUUUCGUAAUAUUUAAUAUUGUACUUUCUCACCAAUCCCAGAUUCAGAUCUAGAUUCUAGAUCUAGAAUAGAUCUAAAAUCUAGACGUCUAGAGAUGGAACUAGAGGCCUAGAAUCCAAUCUAUUUAGGCCUUAAAGCGGUAUUAGUUUACCUUAUACUUAUAGCAAGCUACUUUCACGGAAACAAAAUCAUGAGAACAAAAUACCACUAAGACUAAGACUGCUUUAUUGAUCCUUACGGAAAUUUGUUGUGAUUACAAGGAUUCUAGAGAGAAAUGUAGAAAUGGGAACAGGAAUGUGUUCGAAGGACUGACUUUUUGUUGUUGGAGAUAGAGGUGGAGGGAAGAAUAAGUCAAAGUGCUACUAAAUGGGCCCAAAAUAUGAGAGCGUGUGAGUGUCUGGGGCGCAUUAUGAAUUUACAUUUGCAUGACUCCCAAAGAAAGCAGAAGUUUUGUGCAUAACAAGAAUUGCAGAUCAGGCUGUGUGUUCACUUAGGCAUAUUCUGAAAUGAUUAUAUCUCUGGCUAUGUCAACAUCUGGAAGGGAAAAUGGCCAACAACAAUUGAUUGAACAGUGGACUAGGAUUUGUUUUAUUGUGACUACAAUUUGUGGAGGGCAUUGGUGAUUUAAAAUAUUCUUGGAUUUCAUUUUUUUCGAGCAACAGAUGUGUUGCUUCCUUUAAAAGAAAGUUUUGGUGUUAUUGACCAAAGACUGUUUUCUUAAACUGAUAAGGCUGACUAUCUGUUCUUAUGUUAGUUUGUACCAAAAUGCCUUGAAACAAAUAGUAUCUCCAAGUGGUAAGCGUUACUUAUCGUAAUGUACCACUCUACCACUAAACCAGAUGGUUGAGAUGGAGAACAUUCCAGUGACAUUUUUAAAUCCUGUUCAAAUCUGUUUUACUUUUUGAAGGAAAAAAAAGGAAGGUUUUCAGUGUGCUACUAGAUCUAAAGACCAGCCUUUGAGGAUUGGCUCCGACCUCUGCAACCAUCGUGCUCCUUGAGGAUACUGCAACAAGACUCUAUGAUGUCCAAGUUCUAGGCUCGACACAGAGGCGUCUCCAUGGAGUCUCUCUCGGCCGUCGUCUUGGACGGCGGUCACGGCUCUCACGCCAGGGUGCCGACUAAGACAAUCUCCAUGGUGCAGAUGUUGCUGCUGAAUGCAGUGGUGUGCGGCAUUGAGAUCGUAGCCUGCGCCGGCUUCACCUACAUCCCUCCCAUGCUGCUCAAGGCUGGCUACUCUGAGGAGAACGUGGGUUUCCUCCUAGGCAUGGGCCCUUUAUUCGGGUUUCUCUUGGUCCCCAUAAUCGGAAGGGCCAGCGAUAGGUGCUACAGCCCAUUCGGCCGGAGAAGGCCGUUCAUCGUCGCCCUGGCCAUCAUGCUGGUCUUUUCCCUCUACUUAAUCCCUUUCGGCGAAUAUUUUGCCUCCCUGGUGGUGGGCGUGUCAGCCCUGAGCAAGAAAAUCGGUUUCAUCAGCUUGACCGUGGGAGUGGUGCUGCUGGACUUCACUACCCAGGCCUCACUGACCCCUUGCGAGGCUCUGCUCAACGAUGCUUCCAAAGACUCGGAACAGAACGAGAAGAUUUUCACUGUCUACUCUCUAAUGAUCAGCUCUGGUGGGAUACUUGGAUACGCCUUGACCGCCAUAGAUUGGACCUCCACUCCACUGGGGGAGUACUUUGGCGGACAGGAAGCCACUAUAUUUUCAGUGCUUAUAAUUGUGUUCACAUCCAUGUUGUCGGCGACUCUUAUGGUUGCCAAGGAAGUACCUUUGUCCAUGAUCCCCGUCGACAUCUCCACUAUAUCAUCCACCAAUCAUCACUCCGUGCCCAAGCAGGUGAUCGCCCACGAGAGCGGCUACGAGUCCAGUGGGAACUCUUCAGAAGAAGGGCUGCCCUUCAGUGAGCAGGGCAUUUCAAGAGGCUCUAGGGGGCGAGGCUACUCUGAAAGCGUCGACCUGCGCCUCAGGCCGCUCAAGAGGUACUGCAGCCUAGUGACUAGCUACUGCUUCACCAAGAGCAGGUUUCUGAACAAUUUAGUGACGUGUCUUCGUUGGCUAGGGAGGCAGCUCCUCCCACAGCAGCUGGUUCAGCUCUUUAAGGUGCCACUGGUGUUGAAGAUGUUGGCCUUGGCAGACUACUGUGCUUGGACGGCUAUCAUGGGCUUCAACAUAUACUACACUGACUAUGUGGGGCAGGUUGUAUAUGGAGGCAACCCAAAUGCUCCUCCCAUGAGUGUUGAAGGAAGAGCCUAUGACGAGGGAGUUCGUGUGGCCAGCUGGGGUCUGCUCCUUCACUGCAUCUGCUCUGCUGUUUUCUCUUUCUUCAUUGAGCGCCUGACCGAGUCCUAUGGCUACAAGACAACCUUCAGCCUGGGCAUGGUAUCUUUUGUGUUCUCCAUGAUGGGGAUGGUGCUCAUACGCCACAUCUACUUUGUCAACCUCAUGGCUGCUGUGACAGGGUUUGCCUACUCCACAAUCACCACCAUUCCAUUCAUGUUGGUCUCAAAGUAUCAUGCAGAUAAAAAGGUUUAUUUUGCUGACUUACCUCCUGCAUUACUGUGUGACACAGAGCGUGGCAUUGGUUCAGACAUUGCUGUCCUAGACUGGUCCUACUUUUUGUCGCAAGUGAUCAUGACCGCUGCCAUGGGUACCAUCGUCCAUAUCACAGGUACCAUUGUGUCCUAUAUGGUAACUGCUGGGGCAAUGGGCAUCCUGUCUAUUUAUUACAUCGGUAAAAUUAUUGAGAAUGAGCAGCAGGCCCGGAGGUGUAUUACAAGCAAGAGCAAUCAGCAUAUUAGGUUUUUAUAAAAUGUGUAGGAACCGUGUUAUGGAUUCUGUUCUAUAAGAAUAUUUUAUUUGGACAUACAUGUUUAUACAGCGGGAUUUUUAAUGUUGGCAACUGUUGUUUUUUUAUGGUUUACCUUUUAUGUAUUUGAUGUUUUUGUUUUACAAAACAAAUUGCCAUAAUAAUUAUUUGUACCCAAAUGUGCUUCAAUCCAUUUUAUAAUAUUUCUUUCUUUGUGGUUUGUACACAUGCUUGUGAUUCUACUUUUUUUUUUAUUAUAUUGAAUAUGGACAUGAAUUGUUUCUUUUUUAAUUAUUGUCACUUACUUCAGUUACUGUUUUUGCUGUAAGAAGAGAAAUAUGUUCCACUGCUUAAACCUUAAACAAUUUGUGUUAGUUGGUGCUUUUGAAUUAUCAAAUUAUUGUUAGAAACUUAAAUGCUCAGUUCAAUUGUUACAUUUUAAAAUCUUGUGGAAUAUCUACGAAAUGUACAUGUGCUAGAUAGUUAUUUCUACUUCACACUUAGGUUACUCAAUGUAUAUAGAGUUUGUGGUAGGUCUACAUUGUUACUUUGUGAGAUAGUCAGUGGUUUAAAAACAAAUACACAAAAGAUUAUUUUAAAUUGUGUAUCUAUUGCAGGGUAAGGGAAGUAACUAGUGGUGUUUAUGAAGAUCAGUGAGAAACUAUGGUUUUGUUGUCCACCACAUUGCAAACACAAAUUUUGAUUUUAAAACUUAUUAAGUACAGCAUGGCACAUGUUUGUGGCACUAUCUAAUGAAAACUGUAUUUGUUGGACAUUGUAAAACUUGUUUUGUGUGAUCAACAUAAAGAAGCACAAACUCAUGUAACAGAGGCAUAGUUACAAUCAAUUUUUCAAUUUACUAUAUUCCUGAAAGUGACAAUUUAGAUCUGCAAUAAUUUUAUAUUACCAUAGGAAGACCAACAGCAGGAUGAAGCUGAGCUCAAUUUACAACCUUCCCCCCCCCCCCCUUUCCAUUUAUUCAAGUAGAUUGUUUAUAUGACAUUUUAUACACUUUUGUUUAGUACAUUAAUUAGUCUUUUGUUAUCGGUACAUCAAUUAGUUUUUUGUUAUCUGUACAUUAAUUAGUCUUUUGUUAUCAGUACAUCAAUUAGUUUUUUGUUAUCUGUACAUUAAUUAGUCUUUUGUUGCCGGUACUAUUUGCUUUCUCCAUUGCCAGUCCUAGCAUUUCAACUGAUGUCUUCCAUGGGUAUAACAUUUUUGCUUGUAAUUAUUCUUAGUUUGCAUUCAUCCAAAGAUAGAGCUAAAGCCAUUGAUUGUUUUUAACUCAUCCGUUUAGAAAAUGUUGACUUGAUAUUAAAAACAUUUCUACAGAUAUUUUUAUCAGCAAUUAAUGCACUAAAGAACAAGGUUAUUUAGCCAUGUGUCUCUGCAAGGAGUAAAUUGUGAAAUGUUUACCACUAGCUCAGUGUUUCACAAACUUUCAACAUAUGCGUACCCCUUCAAUAAAUUUAGUAACUCUGAGUACCACUCGCCCCCCUCCCUCCAAAAAGAAUAAUUAUCAAAAGUAAUAAAUGAAAAAUAUUUUUUUUUCUAAAAAAAUGUAAAUAAAUGUUAUAUUAUAAAUAACAUUAAUUUGCAUCAAUGAGAAGGAGAACCAUAGUUAAUAUGUACCCCAUUCAAACUCUUCUUGUACCCCUGGGGGUAUGCGUGCCCCACUUUGGAAAACACUGCUCAAUGGGACUCUUGACUUGAUUCUGGGCUUCAAGGACCAGAAUUAUUUCUUCUUUUUGUCAUGUCAUUUACUGCU